AAAGGGGGAGGAGGGAAAGGAAAGAGGAAGGAGAUGAGUCUUUACGCACACACAGACACACAGACAGAGAGAGACCCGCCAGCUCUUCCCCAUAUGCUUUCACUGCACCACCAGAAACAACAACUACAUCUCAACCGACCCUCUCUCUCUCAAAAUCUCUCUCUACUCGCCCAAAACAGAGCUCACAACUGAAAUAAAACUCCCCCAUCUUCUUCUUCUUCUUCUUCUUCUUCUUCUUCUUCUUCUUCUUUUACCCUUUCUGUUUCGGCUUCCAAUUUGGAUUUUCGACUUGGAACAAGCUGCAAACCACCCUUUUCCUUUUUCCCACAACACCCACUUCUUUUCCUCUACUGGGUCUAAUUUGAAUCCAGUUUCGCUGUGUUCUGUGUCUCUAUUUGAUAUGUGAGCUUGAUGGGUGUUUGUUUUUGUUUGGCUGGGAUGGGUUUUUCUUGCAUGAGAAUCGAAAAGAAAAUGUAGCUAAAAUAGUGAACACAUUAAACCGGGUAAGUUCUGUUUUCUGUUUCUUUUUGGCUGUAGAUCUCGUUCUGACAUCGAUUGGUUUACUCAAAUUGCGAGUUGAUUAGGAAUCUACAUUGGGUUGGGGAGGGCUGGGGGAGGGAGAUUGAUGAUAUUGUUAAAAUUUGGCCACAUCCCAUGAGGAAUUUGAACUUGUUCAAGCCAAUUUCGAUCAAUGGGAAGCCUGGGAGGAGACUUUCGCUUGGGGAGUACGAGCGGGCGGUGUCGUGGUCUAAAUACUUAGUGUCGUCUGGAGCAGAGAUUAAGGGAGAGGGAGAAGAGGAAUGGAGUGCGGAUAUGUCGCAGUUGUUUAUUGGCUUCAAAUUUGCUACGGGAAGACACAGCAGAAUUUAUAGAGGCGUGUAUAAGCAGAGGGAUGUUGCGAUCAAGCUUAUAAGCCAGCCCGAGGAGGACGAAAAUUUGGCAAACUUUCUUGAGAAUCAGUUUAUUUCAGAAGUGGCAUUGCUGUUUCGACUGGAACACGCCAAUAUCAUCACUUUUAUUGCAGCUUGCAAAAAACCUCCAGUGUUUUGUAUUAUAAUGGAGUAUAUGGCGGGGGGAUCAUUGAGGAAAUAUCUUCACCAGCAGGAGCCACAUUCUGUUCCGCUGAACUUGGUUCUAAAACUAGCCCUCGACAUCUCACGUGGGAUGCAGUACCUUCAUUCUCAGGGAAUACUCCACAGAGAUCUCAAAUCUGAGAACCUUUUGCUUGGUGAAGACAUGUGUGUGAAGGUAGCAGAUUUCGGCAUCUCGUGCUUAGAAUCUCAGUGCGGAAGCGCAAAGGGAUUCACGGGAACAUACCGCUGGAUGGCACCUGAAAUGAUCAAAGAAAAACAUCACACCAAGAAAGUUGAUGUUUAUAGCUUUGGCAUUGUCUUGUGGGAGCUAUUAACCGCAUUGACACCAUUUGAUAACAUGACUCCUGAACAGGCAGCAUUUGCAGUCUGCCAGAAGAAUGCAAGACCACCGCUGCCAACAGCGUGCCCACCGGCGUUUCGUCACCUGAUCAAGAGAUGCUGGUCGAAAAAUCCAGACAAGCGACCGCAUUUUGACGAGAUUGUCUCAAUUUUGGAAACUUAUACGGAGUCUUAUAAUGAAGAUCCAGAAUUUUUCUGUCACUAUGAGCCAUCAUCUAAUCAUACUGUCUUACAAUGCUUACCGAAUUGUAUUACUAAACGAUUGCCCGCUUCUCCCAAGCCUAGGAAUUCAUCAUCCUGAAUCUUGUAUAAUUGCCAAAUAUAAAAGUAUCCUCUUAUCUUGCAUCAAGUCUUAGGUAUUAAAUCAAGGUUGUGAAUUUUUGUGCCAUUUUGUCAUGUGUUUUAAGAGAACAAUUAUUUUAUUUCGAUCA